AUGAAAUCAGCCCUCGGACAGGCAUGGCGUUUCCUGUCGGGAGCCAGAGAUGACUCCCCGAACUCGAAACCGCCGCUCUUUCUCGCCUUCCGAUCCUCCAGCAACUUCAUCCUGGCCACUGUCUGUCUGGCCAUCUUCACGGACAUCUUCCUGUACGGCCUCAUCGUCCCCGUCCUACCCUACUCCCUCAGCGUUCAGGCUGGCGUCGCGGAGAAGGAUGUGCAGACGUGGAACGCUAUACUUCUUGGUAUAUAUAACGGUGCCCUCUGCCUAGGGAGUCCCAUUGCCGGUUUCUACGCCGAUCACACGAGCUCCAGGAGAUGGCCACUUCUUCUUGGCUUGCUUGCCCUGGCGGGUUCGACACUUUUGUUAUGUCUGGGCAAGACGGUCGCCCUGUUAGUCAUAGGGAGGUUGCUCCAGGGCCUCAGUGCCGCUAUUGUCUGGAGUGUUGGGCUGGCACUGCUUGCCGACACCAUGGGCGAUAAGAUUGGCGUGAGUGUGGGUUAUGUGAGCAUCUCGUUGUCUCUGGGACUAUUCGUGUCUCCAUUGUUGGGUGGUGCAAUCUACGGCGGCGCUGGCUACUAUGCUGUGUACUACAUAGCAUUUGCCUUCAUCUUCCUCGACAUCGUGCUUCGGCUCCUGAUGAUCGAGAAGAAGAUCGCCCGGCAAUGGAUCCAGGAGGACAAGAAUACAAAUCCUGCAUCUUCGCCGAAACCAGGAGAUGCAGACUGCGAAGCAGGGAUGUCGCACUCGGAGAAAGGCACUUUGGAAAUCCCACAAGACCAGAAUAGCACUUUAAAACCUGCACUUACAAACGAAUUCGGACAAGAGCGGCCAAGCAGUCCGACAACCAGCCCUCUUCCACCUAUCGGAGAAUCAUCUCCCGGCCCUGGGCAACCAGAAGGUGUCAAGAAAGUGCACCCUCACCUCACGCUCCUCAAAUCCAUGCGGAUGCUAGCUGCACUUUGUGGCUGCGUCAUCAUCGCUGGCAUCAUGUUCGCCUUCGACACAGUCAUCCCGCUCUUUGUCAAGGAGACCUUCCACUGGUCCUCCACCGCCGCAGGCCUCAUCUUCUUCUGCAUCUUCAUACCCGGUUUCGCGUCCCCGCUCGUGGGCAUGCUGUCCGACCGCGUCGGCGCCCGCCCCCCAGCCCUGGCGGGCUUCCUGCUGACCCUCCCCCUGCUCGUCUGCCUGCGCUUCGUGACGGACGACUCGACGGGCCACAAGGUCCUCCUGUGCGCGCUGCUGGUCCUGCUCGGCGCCAGCACCACCUUCUGCAACGUGCCCCUCAUGGCCGAGAUCACCUACUCGAUCGAGGCCAAGGCGGCGCGCAACCCGGGGAUCUGGGGCGACAAGGGCGUCUACGGCAUCGGCUACGGCCUGUACACGACGUCGUUCGCGCUGGGCGGCACGAUCGGCAGCUUCAUGGCCGGCUACGUCAACGCGGGCAGGGGGUGGUCCACCAUGACGUGGAGCCUGGCGGUGUGGUGCGCGGGCGGCGUGGUCGUGUCGUUCUGGGUGGGCGGCGCCGGCCGGGCUAGUAAGCCUCGCGCCAGCAGGAGCAGCAGGAGCGACGACGCCGGCGGGAAUAAAGACCGGGGUGUCGUCGCUGGCGAUGGCGCUGGCGACGAUCACCGUUUUCCCCCUUUCCCGCCCUUCCCUUCCUCGCUUUUCUCAUCGGACCACACGCACAUACACUCCUUUCUCGCUGUGCGUCUCGCUCAUACACAGAAAGUUGCCCUCCGGAUCUGGAAACUUGCCCUGGAUCUCGUCCUUUGCUCCCUAGAUCUCAAUCUCAAUCCUCCCCACGCCGCGACUAACACAAGACAGCAUCGCCUCGCCCUUGUCCUCCUCGGCCAGCGCCGUGCCGCGGUGCUCCACCGUCCCGCGCCGGACCGCGACCCUGCACGUCCCGCAGUUGCCCACCUCGCACGACGACGCGACGACGUCGUCGUCCCCAAACGCCCGCCGCAGGCCCUCGAGCAGCGUCUCCUCCGCGCCGACCCUCAGCACCCGGCCGCCGCGGUUCGCAACCACGGCCUCGAACGGGUCGCCCGACGCGGCGUCCGCCUCGAAGGCCUCGAAGUGCACCUCGUCGGCGCCCAGGCCGGCCUCCCGCGUCGCGGCCAGCGCCUCGUCCAUCAUGCGCCGCGGGCCGCAGAAGCUGACGUGCGCGUUCCACGGCAGCGACCUGACGACGGCGCCGACGUCGAGCCGCUGGCCCCGCGACCCGUCGUAGAUGACCACCUUGCCGCCGGCGUAGCCCUCGGCCAGUGCGUCGAGCCGCGCGCGGAAGGGCACGUCGCCGGCCGAGCGCACCGCGUAGUGCAGCGCGAAGGCGUGGUUGCACCGCCGCAGCCGCCUCAGCACCGCCAGGAAGGCCGUGAUGCCGACCCCGCCGGCCACGAAGACGUGCGCGCUCGCGUGCGCCGCCGCGGGCACCGCGCUCGUGAAGCGCCCGACCUGGAUGACGGUGCCCUCGCGCACGUCCGGCCCGUGCAGGUACCUGGACCCGCCCCUGCUCCUCUUCUUCCCGCUGUCGCGGUCGUCGUCGGCGAGCGCGACGCCCAGCUGGAACCGCCGGAUCUUGACGUGCGCCCCGGGCUCCAGCGCCUCGGCCUCCGGGUCCGGCUCCACGGCCUCGAGCGUGAAGGAGGUGAUCCGCGGCGUCUGGCGCUCCUUCUCGACGACCCGGAAGUCGAGCCACUUCUCCUCCCUGUCCCGGGCGGCCCUCCGCUCCUUGGCCCUCUGCCGGGCUAUCCUGCCCGCGAACUGCUUCUUGCACUCCGCCCCGAACUCCUCGAUGGCCGCCAGCUCCUCGAUCAUGUCCAGCCGGUCCGGGCUCCGGUGGAGGUACUCCUGGAUCCGCUCGAUCGUCCACUCCGGGUGCGCCCGCCGCCGCAGCCUGACCUCGUCCCCGGCCCUGAUGCUCCCGCCCUCGAGGACGCGGUAGUACCACCCCGUGCGGCUCGUCUUCCAAGUGUUGGGCGCAAAGUUCCGGAGCUCGAACCGGUGGUUGAGCUUGAAGCACGGCUGCCGCGGCAGGCUGACCUGCAGGACCACCUCGGGGCCGACCGAGACGACGUCCCCGAUGCACACGUUCCUCUCGUUCAUCCGCGGGAGGACAAGGUUCUCCCCGAAGCCGCCCGGCACGAAGCGCUCUGCCGCGGACGGGUACUCUUUGCUCCAGGAUUUGUAGUGCUCCGCGCAGUCUGCGGAGUUAGCCUUGUCAACGCCGCCAUGGAACGUGGGAUCGUGCUCGUCGCCAACGAUCCCCAACGUGUUGACCUGGACGGGCCCGUCACAGAUGGUCUUAUCAAUGCCGGAUUCCACAUUGACCCCCUUGAACUUUGUCAUCUUCCCCGUGCGGACCUCGAGGACCGUGUCCACGGUGACGGGGGCGAAAAGGUCGACUUCUGGAUCCAGAGCCAUGGUGCGGAAUUAUGA